AUGGCAACUCUCGCUGAACAUCCUAUGCACGCCACGGCCUCGCCGAUGCCGAUGAACACUACUUACGACCAAGACCUCGACUCCUUUAUCAACUUCGAUCAACUCGCCUACACUUCCGCCGAGGCCGCCCGUCCCAAGGUUGCGCUCGCCAGCCAGCCGUCCAUCGCCGGCACUGAAUACAGCGCCAGUGAUGUCCGAAGCACCAGCUUCGCUUCCAGUGGACAAUCCCCUCUCGCCUUUCCCGCCCCUAGCCACCACUACGAAGAGCACCGCCAGCAGACCGGUCUUCCCCCCGGUGCCUUGUCCAUGACCUACAACCAGGUGCCCCAGAUAAACUUCAACAACGGCGCCCAGGCUUACCCGAUGAAUGGAGAGGUCUUCCCUUCACAAAUGAAGCGUGAGGAUACAUCCUUUGACUUCAACACUGCCCCGGUUCGCAACCCAUCUGAGAUGGACAUCGAGUCCGACGGUCUGCACAAUGUCCCGUACUUCUUCCAGGCUGGCGCUGGCAAGAACCAAUAUGUCGACCCUAACGCGCUCGGCGGCCAUGAGCUGGCUCAGGCCGGUCCGUCCACUCAGGUCGGCCGCAUGUACCCUGGCAUGCAUCAGCAGCAGGCUGCGAUGGCCAAGGCCCAACAACAAAAGCACAACGACAUGAUCCGUCAACAACAGAUGCAACACCGUCGCGUGGAGGAGGUUCCCAAUGCCGCCGCUCCCCGUGGCGCCCGCCAGCCCGAUCCCGUUGUCGAGGAGCGUAUCUCCCGCCUGCUCCAGCAGAUGCGUGCCAAUGCCGUUGCCGCCGGCGAGACUUCACCCAGCCCUUCCUCGGUUCUGCCUCACAUGGCCAAGGCCAAGAAGGACGAGGCUGAUAUGGAUGAGGAUGAGCGUCUCCUGGCUAGUGAGGAGGGCAAGAAGCUCAGCAGCAAGGAGCGUCGCCAGUUGCGGAACAAGGUUUCCGCCCGUGCUUUCCGCUCCCGUCGUAAGGAGUACAUUGGUCAACUCGAGAGCGAGAUCGCCACCCGCACCACCGAGGCUCACGAGCUGCGUCUCCAAAACCGUGCCCUCUACGAGGAGAAUUCCCGCCUCAACGACUUGGCCCGCAUGCUCCUGGGCUCUCCCCACUUCUCUAGCUUCCUGAACGACAUGCCCGACACCCUUCCAUCUCAAAUAGCCGCCCCUCAGCAGCCUCAGCAGCAAAUCCAGCACCAGCAGCCCGCCCCUCAAACCGCCAUGCCGGCCACUAUCCCCAAGGAGGCCGCAGCUGCCCGUCCCCAGGACUUCCAGAUGCAGCAGAACCCCCAGGUUACCAUGGCGAUGGUCCCUAACCAGGCCAUGGAGGCCUCCAUGAUGGCCAGCAAUGGUUGGAACUCGGGUAUCGACAUGAACUACAACGCUCCCGUCUUUGCAGUUCUGGAUGUGCCUGCUGGUCCCGAGCUUGACAUUGAGGCUCUCUGUGGCAAGUCGCUCACUCCUAUGUCCAGCGAGAAGAACGAGGCUCCAGUCCUUGACCUGCCCGAGAUCCCCGACUUGGAUGCCCUGACCCAGAAGUCUGAUGUCAGCUUCCCUGCUGACUCCGAGUCGGACCUCUUUGCUGAUUCUCCUGCCACUUCCACCACUGCUGAUGACUCGCUUGUUUUUGACGGUAUCCCGACCGAGAAGGCCUCCCCCAGCUACGAGCUGGUGGUGGAGACCCCCAACCAUGUCAGUGCCGCCGACAAGAACCGUUUGAGAUUACUUUGCCAGAGCAUGCACGCCGCCUUUGAGCGGGUGUCAUUAGCCACUUCCCACCUCCAGUGA